AUGGACCCUUGGAAAAUCACAAAAAAUCCGGAUGUGCUGAGAGAUUUACUCAGAUGGCAAGGCAACGUUCACAACGGGGCGAUCUCUGGAGCAUUCGCGAAGACCGGUGGGGUGGAGCAGGGCUACGUACUGGCCUCUAACCUAUUCGGACUCAUGUUCUCCGCCACGCUGAUGGGCGCUUACCGUGAGGAACAGCCGGCGAUCGACACCAACCACGGAGCCGAUGGAAGGAUUUCCUACAUUCGCCGUCUGAAAGCAUCUUCAAAGGUAUCGAAGGUCAUCGUCCACGACCUACUGACCGUGGAUGACUGCGCUCUCGACGCCACCUCCGAAGAGAACAUGCAGAGGAGUGUGGGCUAA